GACUACGUAGUUUUUGAGCGACGCGACGAAUGGACGAUGCUAACAUAACAAUCUUUGCUAACAUGGUUUAGUUUUUUGUCGUAGCCUAAACUAUUAUAGGUUUUGAAAACGAAUUCACUUGUAUUUGUGUAAAAACGUUUAGAACAACAUGCCUAAAGUUGUUUCGCGGAGUGUGGUGUGCUCUGACACGCGGGACCGUGAAGAAUAUGACGACGGAGAGAAACCCCUUCAUGUUUACUACUGUUUAUGCGGCCAAAUGGUUCUUGUACUUGAUUGCCAAAUUGAGAAGUUACCCAUGAGGCCGAGGGACAAGUCCAGGGUUAUAGAUGCUGCCAAACAUGCCCACAAGUUCUGUAACGUGGAAGAUGACGAGUGUGUGUACCUGAAAAGGCCAGAAGGCAUCGAGAGGCAGUAUAGAAAGAAAUGUGGCAAGUGUGGUUUACUGCUCUUCUAUCACCACCAGAUCAAGAACGCUACAGCAACCUUCAUCGUUGAUGCUUCCGUGGUGAAGUUUGGCCAAGGCUUUGGGAACACAAGUGUGUACAGUCAGAAACAGGAGGCUCCUAAGAAAGUCAGGGUGAUGAUGACCAAACGAACCAAAGACAUGGGCAAGUUCAGCUCUGUUACUGUGUCAACCAUAGAUGAAGAGGAGGAAGAGAUUGAGGCGAGGGAGGUUGCAGACUCCUAUGCGCAAAACGCCAAGGUCAUCGAGAAGCAACUGGAGAGGAAGGGCAUGAGUAAGAGGAGACUGCAGGAGCUGGCUGAGCUGGAAGCAAAGAAGGCCAAAAUGAAGGGCACACUCAUUGACAACCAGUUUAAGUAGAGUGUGUGUGUGUGUGUGUGUGUGUGUGUGCGCACACGUGCGUGUGUUUGCACAUUUAUGUGUUUGAAUGGAAUGGGUUAUCAGGCUGUCAUCAAAUGUGCCUGUAAAUAACAUGAUAGAAAAUGGAAAGUCAAUAGCAUGAUUGGUACAUUAUGUGAAGUAAAUACAGCGUUUUCUUUUAUUCUGACGGGCUUUUCUAUGAAGAUGUAGAAAACUGGAUUUUUUUUACUGAAGAAUCUACAAUUAUUUCUGCAUUAUUUGUCUGUGUCCUGUUUCGUUAUUAAAAUUCCUUUAGUCAA